ACCCAGUGUAUAGCUUAUUUAUAAUUAUGUAUUUAAUAAUUAUUUUCAUUAAAAUAUCUUUCAUUACAUGUUUUAACAUUACUGAAACUACGAAUAAUAUAAAAGAUAUAUUAGUUAAAUAUAAAAAUAAGAGAUUUUCGCGAUGUACGAAUAAACUGGAAGGAUUUGUUGAAAAAUUGAAUUUCGACAGAACGGAGAGGUACAAUGAUUUUUAAAAUAUUUAAAUGUGAGUGAGUGUUCUCCAGAGAAACGAUCUUGCUUAUGUGAGACGACAUAUUUUAAAUGGUUUGAUUAUAAAUGAAGAUCUGCCAGAAUCACAUUGGCACGAAUAUAAGACAAUUCACAAAAAAGUGUACCACACCCCUCACUACGAGAUGGCAGCACUGUCGAAAUGGCGGGAUAAUGUAAUACGAGUCGCACAACACAACAGAGAUUAUUUAGCAGGGAAACUAUCUUAUUCUCUACAUUUAAACCACUUUGCUGACAUGCACCCAUCAGAAUACUUUAGAAAGAUCCUGAAAUUGGUUAAGACGGUUCCCUUGUACGACCCAUCUGAAGACCGGAGGAAGUCAGCGUACAGGAGAAGUCUUAGAUGCAAAACUCCUAAAAAGGUAGAUUGGCGCAGCAAGGGCUUCAGGCCCAAAAGAGAAGAGCAGUGGCAUUGUGGCGCUUGCUACGCGUUCGCCGUCACCCACGCCAUGCAGGCCCAGCUGUACAAGAUCCAUGGAAACGUUGGGGAACUCAGUCCCCAGCAGAUAGUAGACUGCAGCUUCAAAGAUGGUAAUAUGGGGUGUGACGGAGGGUCUCUGAGAGGGGCACUCCGAUAUGCCGCCAGAGAAGGACUCAUCAUGGAAAAGUAUCCUUAUGUAGGAAAGAGAGGCUCUUGCAAGUACAGACGUGACUUAGUCCGCGUUCGACCAAAGAGGUGGGCUACGAUUCCAUCAGGCGAUGAAAGAGCUAUGGAGAGAGUUCUGGCUGCUGUUGGACCUCUCGCUGUUGGGAUCAAUGCUUCUCCUUACACCUUCCAACUGUACAGAAAUGGCAUUUACGACGACCCUCUCUGCACACCCUGGCAACUGAACCAUGCCAUGCUGCUCGUCGGAUACACUCCUGAAUACUGGAUAUUGCUGAACUGGUGGGGGAAGAAGUGGGGAGAAGAUGGGUAUAUGAGGUAA